AUGGGCAUGGCCCUUUACCGCAGGGCCGUGCUCGCUGCCUCCUUCCGCCGCCCCUCCGCCAUCCGCGCUGCCGCCGCGCGUCUCUCUUCCUCCGCGCGCCUCGCUCCCACUGCGCGUGCCGGCAUCCUGUUGCCUUCACUUCGCCGAUUCCCCGCGCACACAUCCCGCGCGGCCCUACUAUGUAGCCCCUCCGCGGCCUCCGCGCGGCACCUUGACCUUCCCAGCUCCGCGCGGAGCUUCCGCGCAUCACUGUGCGCGCCCAGGGCGCUCGCGGGGAUUGGCGGAAGCGAAAGGCAGCUGCUGGCCUCCGCCCGCAGCGGAGACGGGGGCGCAGGAAUCGGCGCAAUAAGGGGUGUGUCCAUCAGCGCGGGUAGCGGCGCAGCAGACGUGCAGUUGCGGACGGCGGAGGGGAAGGAUGGCGGCACGGAGGCCGUGCGGGCCAGCGCAUCCGGGGGGGCAGAGGGGGGGAAGGAGGGGCGGGGCAAGGCGAGGGCGGGGAAGAAGAGCAGAUCCAGCUACGGCGCGGAGCACAUCCAGGUGUUGGAGGGGUUGGAGCCGGUGCGGCGGCGGCCAGGCAUGUACAUCGGCAGCACCGGGCCCCGUGGCCUGCACCACCUGGUGUACGAGGUGGUGGACAACGCCAUCGACGAGGCGCAGGCGGGCCAUGCGAGCACCGUGGCCGUGCUGCUGGGGGCCGACGGCUCCGUGUGCGUCAAUGACAACGGCCGCGGGAUCCCAACAGAUAUCCAUCCAUCAACGGGCAAGUCCGCACUGGAGACCGUGCUCACAGUGCUGCAUGCGGGCGGCAAGUUCGGGGGCGACUCAAGCGGCUACCGUGUGUCGGGAGGGCUGCACGGCGUGGGAGUGUCGGUCGUCAACGCUCUCUCUCAGUGGCUGGAAGCACGCGUGUGGCGGGACGGGCGGCAGUACUCACAGCGCUUUGAGAGGGGCGUCCCCGUGGGGGGGAUGAGGGUGGAGGAGGGGGGGGGUGCAGGGGCACACGAAGGGGAGGCGCAGCGCACAGGCACUCAAAUACACUUCCUGCCAGACCCCACAGGUGCUGCUGCAACCGCUGUGUUCACCACCACCACGGCGCUGGACUUCACCACCAUAGCGGCGCGCCUCAGAGAGCUCGCCUUCCUCAACCCGCAGGUGGUGAUUCACCUGAAGGAGGAGGGGGGGCGGUCAGCGGACUUCCACUUUGCGGGCGGGCUGCUGGAGUUCGUGCGCUGGCUCAACAGCGAGAAGAUGCCGAUGCACGAGGCGCAGUGGGUGGAGGAGGAGAGGGACGGCGUGGGCGUGGCGGUGGCGUGGCAGUGGAGCGGGGACGCGUACAGCGACAGCGUGGUGGGGUACGCCAACAGCAUCCGCACCUCCGAUGGCGGCACUCACAUCGACGGCGCCAAGGCCGCCUUCACCCGCACCCUCAACGCUGCCGCCCGCAAGCAACGCCUGCUCAAGGAGAAGGAGGAGAACCUGGCAGGCGAGCACCUGAGGGAGGGGCUCACGUGUGUGGUGGCCGUCAAAGUGGCCAACCCCGAGUUCGAAGGGCAGACCAAGACGCGGCUGGGCAAUCCAGGGGUGAGGAAGGUGGUGGACGGGGUGGUGAGCGAUGCGCUGGCAGCAUUCCUGGACGCCAACCCGGCAGCGUGUGAAGCCAUUCUUAGCAAGGCACUCGACGCCUACAAGGCUGCCGAAGCAGCAAAGAAGGCUCGGGAGCUGGUUCGGCGGAAGAGUGUGUUGAAGUCGGCCAUGCUGCCGGGCAAGCUGGCGGACUGCUCGUGUGAAGACCCCGCCAAGUCAGAGGUGUUCAUAGUGGAGGGGGACUCGGCUGGUGGCAGCACCAAGCAGGGCCGCGAUAGACGCCUUCAGGCGGUGCUGCCGCUGCGCGGCAAGAUCCUGAACGUGGAGCGCAAGGACGAUGCGGCCAUCUACAAGAACCAGGAGCUGCAGAACCUCAUCCUCGGCCUCGGCCUCGGGCUAAGGGGCGAGGAGUUUGAUCAGAAGGCGCUGCGCUACCAUCGCAUCAUUCUGCUCACCGAUGCCGACGUGGACGGCGCUCACAUCCGCACGCUGCUCCUCACCUUCCUCUUCCGCUACCAGAGAGCGCUUUUUGAGAACGGCCAUGUCUAUGUGGGCGUGCCCCCGCUCUACAAGGUGGAGGUGGGGCGGCAAGCGCCAGUGUAUUGCUACAGCGAGGCGGAGCUGCAGGCGCACCUGCGCUCGCUGCCCCCGUCCGCGUCCCCAACCAUCCAGCGCUUCAAAGGCCUGGGCGAGAUGAUGCCGGCACAGCUGUGGGAGACGACCCUGGACCCGAGCCAGAGGCGGCUGAAGCUGAUCACCGUGGACGAGGCGGCGCAGGCCAGUGUCACCCUCUCCGUGCUCAUGGGGGAUAAGGUGGGGCCACGCAAGGAGUUGAUUCAGACUGUGGGAAGCAGGAUGGCAGCAGCUGGCAUGCUCGAUAUCUAG